AUGGCUGAUGUACGUCGACAGUCAAGGACUCCGCGGAGGAGGACCAGUAUCCAAGAAGAUGCUGCCAUGCUGGCGGGAAUGGGUGUGAAGCAGGAAUUGCAACGCAAUUUCUCCUUUCUGUCCAUGCUGGGACUGGCUUUUGCCAUCCUCAACUCAUGGACAGCCUUGGGGGCAACGUACCCAACUGCGGGAGGCCAGUACCAUUGGGUCGCCGUCAUCAGCUGGAAGCGCUGGGUUCCGCUGCUCUCCUGGAUCACCGGUUGGAUCAAUACGGCAGGUUGGGUAGCUUUAACAGCCACUGCCGGACUGUUGGGAAGUCAGCUCAUCCUUGGCAUCAUUUCGCUCACGACGCCGUCUUAUGAGCCGCACCGUUGGCACCAGUUCUUGAUCUACAUUGGAUAUAAUGUUUUCGCCUUUAUGGUGAAUGCGUUCAUAACGCGACUACUUCCCCUCGUCAACAAGGCUGCCUUGAUCUGGUCCAUUACAGGCUGGGUGGUGAUUUCCAUCACGAUCCUUGCGUGCUCAUCUCCAAAUUACCAGGGUGGAGACUUCGUGUACCGAACGUUCAUCAAUGAAACGGGUUGGCCGAAUGGCCUCGCUUGGCUGUUAGGUCUCUUACAAGGUGGUCUGGGGUUGACAGGAUUUGACGCAGUCGCUCAUUGCAUAGAAGAGGUGGGAAAUCCUACUGUGCUGGGUCCUCGGAUCAUGAUUGGCUGUGUAUUGAUUGGCGUUUUGACCGGCUUCAUUUACCUGAGCGUUCUUUUAUUCGUCUCCAAGAACGUGGACGAUGUUAUCAGCUCUUCGGCGGGGCCGAUGUUGCAAAUAUUCUACGACGCAACUUCGAAUAAAGCCGGAUCGGUCUGUCUAUUGAUGUUUCCGCUCGUAUGCUUGCUGUUUGCCGCAGUGAGCAUCAUGACCACCAGCAGCCGAAUGGUGUACGCCUUUGCUAGAGAUGGGGGAUUGCCGGCCUCGCGCUUCUUCGCCAGAGUGCAUGGAAGACUUCAAGUCCCCCUGAAUGCGCUAUGGUUGACCCUCAUUUUGGUCAUCAUAUUCGGCUGCAUAUUUCUUGGAUCAAGCAGCGCUUUUAACGCCAUUGUAUCCGCUUCAGUGGUGGCUUUGGGAGUCACUUAUGCUAUCCCACCUGCAAUCAAUUGUCUCCAGGGUCGAAAAAUGCUGCCGGCAUCUCGUCCGUUUGUACUGCCAACUUGGCUCGGCUGGACGUGCAACUUGGUUGGAAUUGCCUAUGUGAUACUCACGACCGUCCUUUUCAUGUUCCCACCAGAGUUGCCUGUGACCGGAAGCAACAUGAAUUACUGCAUAGCAGCUUUUGCCAUUGUCUUGAUUGUCUCCACCAUCCAAUGGUUCGUCGAUGGCAGAAAGAACUACUCUGGUCCACAGAUUGACCUUGAUGCUCUGAAGGCUGGGGAGAUUGUGGGUAUGGCCCCAGAAGAGAGUAACCAAGCCAGAGCCAGUGACGAUACGUUGUCCGGAGAGCAGGAUAAGAAGGUGGUGCCGUAA